AUGGCUGCUGCUGUGACAUUGCGCAAGAGGCCAGCUUCCCCCUGGGGUUCUGAGCUGCCUCAGUCCAAGAAAGCCCGUCAAGAAGACCCUACUCUGCAGGAAUCCGAUGCAGCCUCAAAUAAUUCGCAAGCCGCUUCCGACAAGUCUUCGACCGCAGACGACGAUGCUGUAACCGCUGACACUCCACCCUCUCCGGCGCCGUCUCAACCCAAGAAGAAGCCCUCCCGGCCCAACGUAUAUCACUGCACCUUCGAGGGUUGUGGAAGGUCAUUCAAUCGCCCGUGUCGCCUCGAGGAGCAUAUCCGAUCGCACAACAAUGAACGCCCUUUCGCUUGCACAUUGGAUGGGUGCACCAAGACAUUCAUUCGUCAGACGCACCUCAAUCGGCAUGUCAGGGAUGAACACGAGAACAUCCGAGAGUAUACUUGCGAUUGGCCCGAUUGUGGAAGGACAUUUGCGAACACGACUCGGUUGAAGAGGCACAUUGAAGCUCAUGAAAGCAAAUUUCACUGCACCGACUAUCCUCCCUGUCGCGAGGUUUUUCGCAAGCAUUCCACUUUGCAAAAGCACAUUCGUUCGGCACACCUGGGCCAGAAGAAGUACCAGUGUCCUCACCUUGACCCGGAUACUGGAAAUCCUUGCGACCAAGCCUAUGACUCCCCUUCAAGUCUAAAGGCUCACGAAGGACGAGUCCACGGUGGCAUCAAGCAUUACUGCACUCAGUGUGCAACUGAUCCUGACAACCCGUUCGAGACCUCACUGGGCUUUUCGACUUACGCAGCCCUGCAGGUUCACAUCAAGGAAGCACACCCUCCCACUUGCGAACACUGUAACCUCCGCGUGUCCACCCACAAGCAACUCCAAGCCCAUGUCGAACUCAUGCACAGCGGCCUCUCCUUGGAAGAUCGCAAGAAGAAGUUCCCCUGUCCCUACCCCGAUUGUGAGUCCAGCUUUACGAAGCAGGGAAACCUCAAUAUGCACAUCAGGCAUGCUCAUGAAAAUGCCGAUAAGUGGAUUUGUGGUGAGACGGACAUGAAGUGCAGCAAGAAAAAUCACAUCAAGGCGUGGAACGGCGAAGGAGGCUGUGGACGCGGAUUCUCUUCUAAGGGUAACCUAGAGGAGCACAUCCAAACGCAACAUCUCGGCAUGGAGGCCACACGUAAAUCGAAGAAGCAGGAGAAGCUCCUGAAAGAAGGAAUUGACCCCAACGCACCGGCAUCGAAGAAAUCCCGCUCCCGCGAAGCAAAAGUCCCGAUGGCCACCCGGCUCACUGGCAUCGACUACAACGACGCCACAGGUCGUGAUAUCACCUGUUUAUUCGAUGAUUGCGAAAACCGCUUUUACCGCGACUAUGAUCUUCAAGUCCAUCUGGAAGCGGCACACGGUAUGGAUGGCGCGGAAGCGAUUGAAGCGAUCAAAGAGCGUGGUGCCAACGAAGGCGGCAAUUUCUGGAUCGGUGGUUUAGAUGAAAUGAUGGGAGAACCAACGGGAGAGCACUAUGAAUGGGAUGAAGAAGACUGGAAGGCGCAGCAAGAGCUGGAUCGCAGGGCUGGUAUUUUCAAUGCCGGUCCGCCAGUGGACAUUCACAAUGCUGCUUUGGGCAGGGAGCCUCAGCAUGGAGAGGUGUACAAUGCUGUCUGGAACUACCUCCAUGACCCGAAGGAAUAG